CCUACAGCAGGCCCAAAGCCCAAGGCAGCGGAUUUGGUCGUUGGACCUUCUGCAAAUGGGGUUGUUCAUUUGCCAAAUGUGAGGACGCAACCAUUCUAAAAGCCGGCCGUGAGUAAGCCCACCUUAAAAAUACCAGCAGUGAAACCAAAGCCCAUUCAAGAAGGCGGCGGAGGGGGAGCUGCGGGAAAAUUUAAGUCGACCGCAGUAGCAAAAGGGCCGGCAAUAAAAAACAAGCUUGCCAGCCAAUUGUCGACCAGAAUGAAGGCCAAGAGCAAAGUCAGCGCUGGAAGAGAAGAUAAGUUUCCCUGCUCUGGCCACAUUCACGCAGUGCAAGACGAACAAUUGCAGUCAAGAAAUGAUAGAAGCCUUGGGUGAGAUUUCAAAUCUGAGUCCAGUGGGUCCAAUGAGCAGCCACCGAGAUUCGAAAGCGAAGCGGAAAUUUGACUUUUCUAGGUACUCUUUGAUAAAACCGGCAGCUGAAGAGAGUUUGAUCUUGGAUCCAUAUCUGGCUAAGGAUCCAGAUGAUAAAGAACAAGAAAAUUCUACUCUGAAGGCAGCUGCGGAGCAAACCCCUCCUCGCAGGAUUUCCGAUGAGAAGCCCAACUACUUAAGUCCAUAUGUGAGCGUCUCGCGCGGUAAAGUCAACUCUCGCUGUGAUCGUGAGAAGCGAAACAGCAUGUAUUUGCCCGGUGAGGAGUAUCCUGUUGCCAAUCGGCGGGCCCUCGAGUCGGUGCUCUACUUUCGCAUACAGCUGGAGAAUGAGAUUCGACGACUGCGAGAUAUCUGCAGCGAGUGGGAAGCCUAUAGCAGGGAGAAUGAGGCGCAUCUGGUUGAGACGGGCGGCAUAGAUAUGAUCAAUGUGGCCAUUGGACAGACAAAUUUGCUCUCUACCAAGAAAUUGAUGCAGUUCAGCGGUCUGAUUGACCGUUGCGGGGCGUGAGCUACGGGCAAGAACCAUCGACCCUACGAUGGCAGCGAGGAGACGAAACCCGUCCAGGCAGAGGAUCUGGAAGGGUGGUGGGACAUGCUGCGACUCCAGAGUGAGAAUGUUGACAAGCGCUUUGAUAACUUGAAGCGAUGG